UCUCCCCACUCUCAACAUUUCACCUCACUCUUUUUCACAGUCCUUCACCUGAAACAAAGAAGAAGAAGAAAGAAGUCUUCUCCGGUCACCCUCACCGUCUCCGAUGUCCAAGCAGACCUACCGAGUGUGCUUCUGCUUCCGCCGCCGCUUCCGCCUCACCGUCUCCGAAGCCCCGGCCGAGAUCAAGACCCUCUUCGACCAGUACUCCGAGAAUGGCCUCAUGACCCUCGAUCACCUCCACCGCUUCCUCACUGACGUCCAGAAGGAGGACCUCACUAAAGAGGAGGCCCAGGCCGUACUGGAUCACAGCCUCCACGACUUCCGCCAUCUCAGUAUCUUCCACCGCAAGGCUCUCAACCUCGAGGCCUUCUUCAAGUACCUCUUCGGCAACACCAACUCCCCUAUCAACACCAAGGUCCACCACGACAUGAAUGCGCCUUUGUCGCACUAUUUCAUACACACCGGCCACAACUCCUACUUGACCGGGAAUCAGCUGAGCAGCGACUGCAGCGAUGUGCCGAUCAUACAAGCGCUGCAUAGAGGAGUGAGGGUGAUUGAGCUUGAUAUUUGGCCCAAUUCGAACAAAGAUGAUGUGGAUGUACUUCAUGGAGGGACAUUGACUGCUCCAGUGGCACUUGACAAAUGCUUCCAGUCUAUAAAGGAACAUGCUUUUGUUGCAUCUGAGUACCCUGUUGUGAUUACCUUAGAGGAUCAUCUAACCCCUAAUCUUCAAGCUAAAGUGGCGAAGAUGAUUACUGAAACAUUUGGAGAUGUGCUGUUUUCUCCCCCGGGAUCCGAGUGUCUUAAAGAGUUUCCCUCCCCGGAAUCACUAAAGAGGAGGGUUAUUAUAUCAACCAAACCGCCUCAGGAAUAUCUUGAGGCUAAAGCUGCUGCCGAAAAAGCUGCUGCGGCUGGAGACCUGAAGAGGGGAAAGAGUUUAGCUCCUGAUGAGGAAGCCUGGGGUAGAGAAGUCCCAGAACUGAAAAGAGCGGUUGCAGAAGAUGACAAGGUGAUUGAGUUGGAUGAAGAAGAGAGUAAAGAGGAGGAAGAUGUUGAGGAUGUAGAGUCCAAGUCCCCACAAAAUGUAGCUCCCGAAUAUAAGCGAUUAAUUGCCAUUCAUGCAGGGAAACCCAAAGGUGGAUUAAGUGAGUGUCUCAAAGUGGAUCCUAAUAAAGUUCGGCGUCUGAGCUUAAGUGAGCAACAGCUUGAAAAGGCAUCCGACACUUAUGGAAAAGAUAUAGUCAGAUUUACCCAGAGGAAUAUUCUGAGGGUGUACCCAAAGGGUAUACGUGUAGACUCGUCAAAUUAUAACCCAAUGAUUGGGUGGUCACAUGGUGCUCAAAUGGUUGCAUUUAAUAUGCAGGGAUACGGAAGAUCAUUGUGGGUGAUGCAAGGAAUGUUUAGAGCUAAUGGUGGAUGUGGCUAUGUGAAAAAACCAGAUUUUCUGUUGACGGCUGGUCCAAAUAAUGAGGUCUUUGAUCCUAAACAUAAGUUACCAGUUGUGAAAACAUUGAAGGUGAAAGUCUAUAUGGGAGAAGGGUGGUAUUAUGAUUUCAAGCACACACACUUUGAUGCAUACUCACCUCCGGAUUUUUAUGCAAGGGUGGGCAUUGCUGGAGUUGCUGCCGAUACUGUGAUGAAGAAAACAAAAACCCUGGAGGACAACUGGAUCCCUGCUUGGGAUGAAGAAUUUGAAUUUCCAUUAACUUGUCCUGACCUGGCUGUGAUUCGUAUUGAAGUUCACGAGUAUGACAUGUCAGAAAAGGAUGACUUUGGAGGACAGACGAGUCUACCACUAUCGGAGCUGAAAAGGGGAAUCCGAGCAGUUCCCUUACACGACCAUAAGGGAGAGAAAUACAAAUCUGUUAAGCUUCUUAUGCACUUCGAUUUAGUUUGAUGUAGUUACAUACCGCAAGGGAGAACAACAAUAAGUACAAAGCCGUCUAUGGAGUUCCAAUCAGCUUGUAAAUUUUAGUGAGGAGUGUAUGCAUUUUAUUGUAAAAGAAUUGCUUUCCCAGUGUGUAAAGUUGUAAGAUUGAAGAUGAUUUGAGAACACA